AUGUCUACUUUAACUGCACCCUCCAUGCUGGCCCGCAUGACCAAGGAAGGGCGGUUCCUCGCCCACGAUGGUGGCGUGGACAUGCGGCACCUCGCCUUCGGUGGACGCGAACCCUCGGAUUGCCAGCACUCCAGUAGCCGCCAUAGCCAUUCGGACCUGGAUGAAAUGCCAAGGCAUGGGGAUGCGCAUGUGCCAUCGUUGGAUGAGGAUGCGGAUGUUCCGUCUACCAAGAAGCAGAAGUUGGGCCAUAGGGAAGUCGAUUCUUCGGUUGGUCAAACAUCUCAAUUCGAGAAGGUCCUCACAAAGAAGCCCCCAAGCCUAGACUCAAGAACACAUGCCCAAUCUGAUCGUUCUGCCGGUCCCUUGCGGAUCACAUCAGCCAACGAUGCACAACCCAUCAGUGAUCUCGCUGAUGCUGUGAGUUCUCAUAUCCAGGAUGACAGGAUAUCAGAGCUUCUUCGACUCAAAGAGGAGCUACUUGCUGCCAAUUCCAAAAUUGCUUUGCAGGAACAAGAACUUGCACAGACCCGAGUCAUCAAGCACACUCUAGAUCAGGCACUAGGCCCUCCUUCUGAGGCAGAUUUUGGAGGCCGUGAGAUUACCGAGCAGACAAUCAGCCACUUGCAGAGUGCUUUCAACGCCUCAAAUCCCGCAUUUGGCCAUUUCCAGGACACCUGGAAUGCACAGGAGGACUCACAGUCCGAUAUCUCGGAUGCCAUGUCUGCAGGAGCAUAUAAUCGUACUCGUGGCCUUUGGAACCAGCAAAACCAGACCCCUGUCGGGAUCAAUGUGAAUGAUCCUCCCUUCAACAAACCGCCUGGAGAGGCUCUCCAGGAUUCUCACUUAACAGGCCAAGAUCCUUGUCGGUUCUGGAAUGGUUCCACUGUCUACCCUGCCUUUGCCGGCCCCGGGUCAUUCCAGCCCCAGAGAGUUCUCUCCGGCCUCUCAAACCCUGGAUAUGGCGUCUAUUCGCGGCCACCCAGUGAGCAUUCGCGGUUUGUCCAAGCUCCGCUUCCUGGGCCUCGCCGAUCUUUUUCCCAGGGACUCCGCGGUGGGACUCUUUUUCCAAACCCAAAUCCUACCUGGGGCGCCUACACUCCUAUUCUUCCCAACGACUCUGCUAAUAAAUCGCCUAAAUCUCCCGGGUCACCAACUAGCAGACCAUCCAGCGGGUUCCAGUCGAUCGGGAUAUAUCCAGUGCCAUCGUAUCAGACACGAGCAGUCACAACGGCUCUUUCUCCAACUGCAUCUGAAUUCACCACCACGAACACGACAGGAGGAGCCUCUUGGCCAAACUCUACAACUAGCGGAACUCCUAUUCAGACCUAUAUUUCCCCUCUCGAGCCACUCAAUUAUAGACGCCUUCUCGACAAGAACGUUUCGUGUGACUGGAAGUAUAUCGUGGAUAAGAUUGUGUGCAACAAUGAUCAGCAGGCAUCUAUCUUCCUGCAGCAGAAGCUCAAAGUCGGAACGACUGAGCAGAAGUACGACAUCAUUGAAGCUAUUGUUAGCCAAGCGUACUCGCUCAUGGUAAAUCGGUUCGGAAAUUUUCUCGUCCAGCGUUGCUUUGAACAUGGAACUCCCGAACAGGUGGCUUCCAUCGCCAAUGCAAUCAGAGGUAACACGCUCAGCCUGAGUAUGGAUCCAUUUGGGUGUCAUGUCAUCCAAAAGGCCUUUGAUUGCGUUCCGGAGGAACACAAAUCUGUCAUGGUUCACGAGCUCCUUCGCAGAAUCCCAGAGACGGUGAUUCACCGGUAUGCUUGCCACGUCUGGCAGAAACUAUUUGAACUCCGGUGGAGCGAUGAUCCUCCCCAAAUUAUGGCCAAGGUAAACGAGGCGCUACGUGGCAUGUGGCACGAAGUGGCUCUGGGUGAGACGGGGAGCCUGGUUGUUCAGAAUAUCUUCGAGAAUUGCGUGGAGGAAGAAAAGAGACCGGCAAUUGAAGAAGUUUUAGGAAAAAUCGAUGUGCUCGCUCACGGUCAAUUCGGCAAUUGGUGUAUUCAGCAUAUCUGUGAGCAUGGUGCGCCGCAUGACAAGAGCCGUGCCGUGGAGCACGUUCUUCACUAUGCAGUUGAUUACAGCAUGGAUCAAUUUGCAUCCAAGAUUGUUGAAAAAUGUUUGAAAAUCGGGGGAUCGGAGUUCUUGGACCGUUAUCUUUCUCGAGUGUGCACUGGGCGUGCGGAUCGGCCUCGUAUGCCAUUGAUCGACAUUGCGGGGGACCAGUAUGGCAACUACCUAAUUCAAUGGGUUCUUAUGAACGCUGCUCCUCACCAACGGGAACUUGUUGCCAGUCAUAUUCGUAAGCACAUGGUUUCCCUUCGAGGUUCCAAGUUUGGAUCCCGCGUUGCGAUGCUCUGCUGCAAUCCAUCCCAUGCCACCCGUCCCGGCCCUGGUACGGGAAUGCAAGUUGGACGCUUCAAUCAAUUUAAUGAGGAGAGAUUUUCAUCCACAGGCUCAAGCAGUGGUCGUUUCAAUCGAAACAACCAAUGGAACCCCAGCUAUUCUCCAUUUCGUUGA